AGGAAGCUCGGCGGCCGUGGCCGCUGCGGGCAGGCCGGACACCUCCUUGCUGGCGGGGCUUCCCCUAGAGCUGGCGAAGGCGGGGCCCCAGUCCCGGCUGCCGCAUCGUCUGGGCCGCCGGUGGGGCAGGUGCCAGGAGCCAGGGACGUAGCUACAUCCAGAUCUCAUUAUGCAUCAGAAAAAUGAAAAAACAGAGGAAAAUUCUAUGGAGGAAAGGAAUCCACUUAGCUUUUUCUGAGAAAUGGAAUACUGGAUUUGGAGGCUUUAAGAAAUUUUAUUUUCACCAACACUUGUGCAUUCUGAAAGCUAAGUUGGGAAGGCCAGUUACUUGGAAUAGACAACUGAGACAUUUCCAUUGUAGAAAGAAGGCCCUUCAGAUCCAGAAAACAUGGAUCCAGAAUGAACCUCUUUGUGCUAAGACCAAGUCUGAUGUGGCUAUUCAGAAUGUUUGUACUUUGUCUUCUAAAGUGAAGAGAAAGGACACUAAAAACUUCAUUUCCUCCUCAAGGACUCUCCUGAAACUCCAAGCAGAGAGGUUUCUGACAUCAGCAAAGAAUUCUGACCAUGAAUACUGUAGAGAGAAAAGUCUCUUGGAGGCAGUUGCCGACUUUCCAGCAAAUAGUGUUUUAGGACAGGCCAAUGGUCACAGACCUAGGACAGAGCCGCAAACUUCUGACUUUCCCAUGAAGUUCAAUGGGGAGAACCAAAGUCCAGGUGAGAGCGGCACGAUUGUGGUUACCUUGAGCAAUCAUAAGAGAAAGCGCUUUUGUUAUGGCUGCUACCAGGGGCUGGAGCACCACAGGAAUGGGGGACCUCUGAUUCCAAAAAAGUUCCAACUUAACCAACAUAGAAGAAUAAAAGUAUCUCCUCUUAUGAUGUAUGAGAAAUUAUCCAUGAUUAGAUUUCGGUACAGGAUUCUCAGAUCCCAGCACUUCAGAACAAAGAGCAAAGUUUGUAAGCUAAGAAAAGCCCAGCGAAGCUGGGUGCAAAAGGUCACUGGGGACCAUCAGGAGACACUUAGGGAAAACGGUGAGGGUGGCAGUUGCAGCCCAUUUCCUUCCCCAGAACCUAAAGACCCUUCUUGUCGGCAUCAUCCGUACUUUCCAGAUAUGGACAACAAUGCUGUGGUGAAGGGAAAGAACUCUCAUAAGCCUGAUAGCCACACUAAAGGAAGCCCUUUCUUGGACAAGGAGCUUAGUUUAGAUGAAGCAUUCCCUGACCAACAGAAUGGCAGUGCCACGUACACCUGGGACCAGUCACCCUGUUCUUCUCCUAAGUGGGAGUGUACAGAGCUGAUUCAUGACAUCCCCUUAUCAGAACAUCAUUCUAGUAACAUGUUCAUCUCGGAAACUGAGAGAGAAAUUAUGACUCUGGGUCAGGAAAAUCGGACAAGUACUGUCAGUGAUGACAGAGUAAAACUGUCAGAGUCUGGAGCAGAUAAAUCUGUGAGUAGUAUAGAUGGGCCUGUGUCUGAAGAGACUGUUCAAUAUGAGAACUCAUACCAGAUGGAGGAGGAUGGAUCUCUCAAGCAGAACAUUCUAAGUUCUAAGUUGCUGGAUCACCCUUACUGUAAAAGUCCACUGGAGGCUCCCCUGGUGUGCAGUGGACUCAAACUAGAAAAUCAAGUGGGAGGUGGAAAGAACAGUCAAAAAGCAUCUCCAGUGGAUGAUGAACAGCUGUCAAUCUGUCUUUCUGGAUUCCUAGAUGAGGUUAUGAAGAAGUAUGGCAGUUUGGUGCCACUCAGUGAAAAAGAUGUUCUUGGAAGAUUAAAAGAUGUCUUUAAUGAAGACUUUUCUAAUAGAAAACCAUUUAUCAAUAGGGAAAUAACAAACUAUCGGGCCAGACAUCAAAAAUGCAACUUCCGCAUCUUCUACAAUAAGCACAUGCUGGAUAUGGAUGACCUGGCGACCCUGGAUGGUCAGAAUUGGCUGAAUGACCAGGUCAUUAAUAUGUACGGUGAGCUGAUAAUGGAUGCAGUUCCAGACAAAGUUCACUUCUUCAACAGCUUUUUUCAUAGACAGCUGGUAACCAAAGGAUAUAAUGGAGUAAAAAGAUGGACUAAAAAGGUGGAUUUGUUUAAAAAGAGUCUUCUGUUGAUUCCUAUUCACCUGGAAGUCCACUGGUCUCUCAUUACUGUGACACUCUCUAAUCGAAUUAUUUCAUUUUAUGAUUCCCAAGGCAUUCAUUUUAAGUUUUGUGUAGAGAAUAUAAGAAAGUAUUUGCUGACUGAAGCCAGAGAAAAAAAUAGACCUGAAUUUCUUCAGGGUUGGCAGACUGCUGUUACGAAGUGUAUUCCACAACAGAAAAAUGACAGUGACUGUGGAGUCUUUGUGCUCCAGUACUGCAAGUGCCUCGCCUUAGAGCAGCCUUUCCAGUUUUCGCAAGAAGACAUGCCCCGAGUGCGGAAGAGGAUUUACAAGGAGCUGUGUGAGUGCCGGCUCAUGGACUGAAACUCAGCAGGGACUCUGAGAAGUCUGACCAAGUUGGAGCAGAUGGUUUGUUACUUGAAUCUCCAAACACUUAUUUGAAUUUUUACAGAUAUUUCAGAUCAGUGGUGUUGGGCCACUAUUGUUACCUCAAAUUUAUUUUUUGCCCUUAUUCAUUUCUCCAGCUACCAUGUACUUUUGUUUAAUGUUCGGUUUGGUUUCAUUUUUAAUUUUGUGGAUUCUGUGCGUCCCCCCAUAUUUAAUAUUUAUUAUCCAAACGCAUGCAUAUAGACAGAGCAUGCAGUGAAGAGUAUUAAAAAAAGCUUAGUAGAUUUGGUGCAGCUUUUGAAACUUAGUUAGACAUGAACUGAAUACAGGUUUCAAAUUUAAUCCCAGAACCUAAAAAUGCAAGAUGUUUUUGAUACAGCAUAACUCUGAGAAUAAUAGAUGUUCCCUGGGACAUAAAGGGUAGCUGGGAGUGGCUUUGAUAAAGCCAGUCCUGUUUUACAUUUACCAGCAACACCUUUCACUGACUUCCCUCUCCAAGUGAGUCUUAGAGAGAGACAUGCAUUCCUUUUGAAGGGUGAGAUGGGAAUGGCUGUAAACAGACUGGUGUGUUCUGUUUAUGGAGGCACACUUGUAAGCACAGCACCUGCUUUGGGAAUAGUUGAUGAAGAUAUGAGAAAAAAGACAACCACCUUGGAGGCCAAUUAUCUUAACAAAUGAGAGAUAUCAGUCUUGGUUUUAGGAUCAUAAUACAUGGCCUACAUCUUACAAAGGUUUUCACUGGGACACUGAAUUCCGUGGAUUUUUCUGGUUUUGACCUGUUAAAAAACUUAACAGGCAUCAAACUCUAGUGGUCAACCAAAUGAGAAUUCAGCCUUUCUAAGAGUAAUUUGCAAGUUGUAACUUCCCUUGUGUGGCCUCCCAUGUGGAAGAGAUUAAGAUUUACCAAAUAAAUUUCUCUUUCAAGGGUA